AAUAUUACGACUCCCAUUAUUUGAAUAUUACGACUCCCAUUAUUCUCUUAUGAUUAAAAAUCGCAUUUGAGAAGCAAAAUUGCGCGUAAUUUAAAAUCAUAUUUGCGAUACAAAAUUGUGAUGCGACAUAUUGCAUUCAUUGCGAUUCUUAAAAAAGAUUGCAUCGCAGUGCACAGUUUCGUAAGUUGCACAUCCCUAGGCGGGAGGGCGAAGUGACAGACAUAUCAGGCGCUCGAGGUUGACGUCGUCCUUCGAUCGCACUUUAAACGAGCAUGAGUCGGACGAAGCGUGUAUGAGAUCGGUACGAAAGAUCGAUCGUGCACGUGCGGGCGCUUCCAACGCGGGCGAAAAUGCAUGAACGAGCGGGCGACGAUCACGAUUGCGUGUACGCGGCGUACAUACGUACAUACGUCUACGUCGGCGACGGUUGGCUGUCAAGGUAAAACGCGCGAGAGGGCAACGGCCGGGCAUCGUACUCGGCCGAUCCGAAGGCUAAAAGGUGGUAGAGUGUCGAAGACACGAAAAUGUCUGUGAGCUGUCGUAUACCGGUUUGUCCACGCGAAUGCCAACGAUUACGUCCGAGCCGGCGACUCCGUCCGACGACGUUGGAUAGAUCCUCGCGCCGCGCCGUCGGCGGUCCGCAGUCCAGAGUUCCCUCAAGACCCUGGAGUUUCCUCGAGCCCGACCGUGCAUUUUUCACGCUCGUUAUCCGAGAAGAUUGAUCGCUGGGCGACGAUGACGACGACGAUCAUGCUCGCCCUCUGCGGCUUCGUUAUCGCGGUACCGCUCUCCGCUGCGCCGGCCAUUUACGACCAGAGGCAGACCGGCGAUCUGAACGUGCAGGUUGAGUUGAAGAACGUGCACGUCGUCGCGCUGCUGAACUCCGAGAUGCUCGACGAUUACACGGAUUACGACUACUUCUACGACUACGCCGACUUCACCAUCAAACCGAGCGAUAGACCUAUCUCGAGUUCCACGGCGGAGUCGACCGAGAAGAACGACGUUACGCAAAUUACGGAACCUGUUUCGUUGCCAAAUUCGACCGUCUCUGCGUCGCCCGUUAAUUCCACAAAUUUAAUCGACGAGGAAACGCCGGACGUUGAUCCAUCGAACGGUACCGUGAACUCUACAAAUGAUAAGAGUCAAUCGAGCGAGGAAAAUGGACCCGGAUUAAUCGAUAUGACGUCUUCGAGUCACAUUGAUUAUCACAAAUUAACAUCUUCGGCAACAUCGGUCACGCUAAAACCCGUGCAAGCGCUGCGUUCUAAAAAACGCUGCAAAUCCGGAUACAUCUCGACCGGCAGUGGACGUUGCCGACGAGCGAAUCGGCGGUGGCUAUCGUUGUUGCCAUAUGUACACGCGACAAACGAGUGAAUCUCUCCUUUUUUCGAAGUUUCACCAUAAAAUACAAGAUGAAAUUCCGCGAUCAAAUGUCAUCGCAUCAUAGUUAUACGAGUAAAAAACAAAGAUUUCAUUUUCGUCUCUCACGGAGAAACUCAACUUGCUACUCUUACGAGUUCUCCUUUCAAUUUACAAUUUUCUUCCCUCGGACUUUCGACUUCCCCUCGUUAUAAUAAUUUGUGCACAUUAAUUCAUCAACGAGGGAAUCAACGAGCUCCCUUCCGCAUGGAUCUAUACAAGA